ACAGCUGAUCGAUUCAAAACAAAGAUGGCGGCUCAUCUCCGACGAUUCUGUCAAAACUCCACACUUUUCAGUAGAUAUUCCCAUUCUACGAGGGGUUUAAGGACAAUUGCUUAUAAGACAUACAACCCGAAGAGUCCAAGGUUUUAUCUGUAUGGCACAGCGGUCGCAACGUCACUUUACUUUGGUUGGAAAUGGGUUGAGAAGAAUGCAAUGGUCGAAGCAGCUCGGCCGACCCGACGUGUGACAGACGAGCAGACCCUCCGCGGGCUGAAGCUGAACCACCGCGAGCGCCGCUUCAUCAAGUUCUCCUCCGUCGAGUACCAGGGACAGCUGUACAUGACGCCCCAGGACUUCAUCGAGUCUGUCACCGACUCCGAACCCAGACCCCGAUUGAAGAGGAGAGUUCUGACGGAGAGAGACCUUGAGCGAUUCAUGCAGGAGACGCCCCUGCUCUCCAAGGGGUCCCCAGACAUGUUCCGAACCAUCUUUGACAAGGGUAUUAUAUCAUAUACGGAAUACCUCUUCCUCUUUCAAUCCUUGACAAAGCCACAGACGGGAUUCCGCAUUGCGUUCAACAUGUUCGACACCGAUGGCAACGAGCGAGUUGACAAGGAGGAAUUCCUUGUGUUAAUGGAGAUGAUAACUGCUGGUGUUUAUCGAGCCUAUAACACGUGGAUUGCUGACACGAUCCAUGGGAAGCCGAAUGCAAAUCAGGAUGAGAAGAUUGCCGCCACAAAACAGGUUGUAAGUGAGCAGCUCGUGGGGAGGUCAGCCAACAGCGUUCGUGUGGGGCUUGAGAAGAUCUUUAGUACGGCUCGCAGAGACCGACUAAACCGAGCUUUGGAGGGAGCAGUUAAACAAACAGAAGGAGUUCUUGAUCUCACUAGUCGUGGAUUAACUACCAUGAACUCACUGCUGUUUGACCCAGGUCAUACAAUAGGCCACACCCCUUCAUGUAUGACCUACAACCUGAUCCUGUUGUCUAUACACUUUUCCAUGAGUCAUCCCAUCCUGGGCAGAGGCCAUCCUUCAAGCUACCCUUUGGGCUUGCCAUUUACCAAGAUGGCAAACCAUUGCAAGGGCCUAUCUCGUCAAAGUGGUGGACUGAAAGGAGUAAAGCAAGGAAUAAGCUUAGGACACAUGUUCACUAGUAUCUUCAGAAAUACUUGGACACUAAUACAAGUAGACUUCUUGAGAUGGGCCAAGGCUAUGUCACAGUCAGAACCUCCAAGCAGGGACAGUCAGUCAUACCCUGUGAACUACCAGUCACAGAAGUACCAUGGAAAUGCCACUGUUCAGGCCAUGCCAUAUGACAGGCCAAACCCUGUAACACUUGCCCUCCAACCCUUUUCUUACACGUUUAUGGAAAACCUACAGACAGAAGUCCUAGAGAUUGAGUUCAAUGAAUUUUCAAAGGGCCUGCCUGCCAUCACAGAACUAGACUUUGCCAAGAUUUUGUUACGUUACACUUACCUACAGUCCGACCAGUACGAGAUGUACCUGGAGAGAUUGCUUGAUCGCAUCCCAGAGGGUCGAGGUAUCACAUUCACCGAGUUCAAGUCUUUCUGCCAGUUCCUCAAUACUCUAGAUGACUUUGCUAUUGCCAUGAGGAUGUACACACUUGCUGACCAGCCCAUUUCACAAGAGGAGUUUCAUCGAGCUGUGAAAAUCUGCACCGGAACAGAGCUCAGUCCGCACAUUGUAGACACCGUGUUCAAGAUCUUUGAUGAUGAUGGAGACGGCCAGUUGAGUUACAAGGAAUUUAUUGCAAUUAUGCGUGACAGGCUUCAUCGUGGCUUUAAGCAUACAUCCAGGAGUGAGGGCUGGGAUGCCUUCAAGCAGUGUGUCAAGAGCGAAAUGAAGGCUGUAGUGUGAAGCAACAACAGAUACGGGAAGGCUGGGAAGGCUUCAAGGCUUGUGUGAAAGAAGAAAUGAGACAGGAUGUCCAACAACCAAGCUUGACUUAAACACAGACUUUGAAAGCAAAGAAAACUGUGUAUGCAAGAAGUUGAUGGUUCUUGUGCAUGACUUGCAAUUGGACAUUCAUGCUUGUAUUUAUCAUGGUGAUAUAUAAGCAGUAUUGAUUUUAUAUAUACUUGAUUAAAAGAGGUCUGAGGUAAGUUUUUGAAAUAUCACAAUUCUUGAUACAGAAUUUGGUUAUUUUUGAAGGAGAGUGAACUUGCUGGAAACACAGUUGCAGAACCUACAUUUUAUCAUUUAUGCAACAUUAUAUCCAAAUGAUCAUGUCUGUCAAUGAAUUUCUCUAGAGAUCUCCUUAUCAUCAGUACUUUCUGUAGUGCACCACAUUCGUGAAAAGCGUAAAAUGUGCAUUAACAAAUUUAUCGCAAUUAAGAUUUGUAGGUAUUGUUCCCCAAAUUAAGUUCCUUAUCCAUCCUCUUAGUUAGUCAGAUUACUUUAGUCACUGUUAUUUAUUAUGAAAAAGUCAUAGUAUGUAAAAAUCCUUGAAACAUGUGAAAUAUUUCAGGCUCAAGUUUGUGUAGUUCUUGCCCUCUCUGUCUUCCAUUGAAACCAUUAAUUUAUUUAUCUUUCUUUUGAUCUUUCUCAGUAUCCUUUUUCUGUACAUUCAUGCUCAUUAUCCUUUCUCUUUUAAUUUAAUUGGUAUCCUUACUCCCUUGUUAUUUCUUUUGCCCAAUGAAAUCUCUUAAAAGUCACAUCAGUGUGUCAAAUUGUUAUUAUUUUGCAUGUUCUGUUAUUGUGUUUUGUUAAAAAGUAUAUCUUCAUUUGCCAUAUAUUUUUAGUAAUGGUAGAAAAAUAGAUUGAUGUAUAUUAUGUUUGAAUUAUAUUCUAUGAAUAAACUUAUUAAUUUAUAUAGCACUAGAUGGAGAUAAUGCACAAAUAAUCUAGACAGGUAUGACAUUUGCAAAGGCAAGAGUUUUCAGUGCUUUUGUAAUUUAUGUUUUUCUGUUAAUUUUGUCAAUUGUAAAUUUGAAAUUCUAGACAAUGCUGAAGGUGAAACAUUUCAUUGUUUUUCUUGAAAAUAAGACAGUGGAUCUUCCUCAGCUAAUAUUUGAAUCAACAGCUUAAUGAAAUAAAUGAUUGUCAAUAAUGUUUUGAUAGUUAAUUAUGAGAUGUAGAGGAUUCAAAUGUAUAAAUAUGAAGUACUUUUGUGGUUACUUUAGAGCAAAUAAAUCUUCCUUUUCAUUUACAUUAUUUUCAAUCUUUGUCAUCUUUUGAUUUUUGUACAUCUAGGAUGUAUCAGGUAGUUAUGAAGACAAGUAGUAGUAGUUCAUCAGAGUAGAUUACAUGAAAUAUUUGAAAAGCAGUGUAUAGUUUUGUAGCUGAGAAAAUGCCAUAUAGAAGAAGCAGAUAUUUGGCUGACAGCUUGAGUUUAUUGCUGGCCAUAUUAAGUGAUGGAUGUGACAGGGACAAAUUUAAUGCCUAUUUUCAAACUUGAUUUUAUAGUUGCAGUCGAAAAAUAAGAAAUGAGUUCAUACAACACAUUCCACAUGGAGUGGAUAUACACUAAUUUUUUAUGUCAUUUACAAUCUAAAUAGAACAAAGCUAGUUGUAUAUAGUAAUUGCAACAACAUGUAUUGUAUAUUCUAAAGGGUACCAUCUCCCUAAAAAAUGGGCCAAAAAUACCAAUUCAUGCAGUUUAGAGAUGUAUACAUUUAAAAACGUCAAGCCUUGAAAAAUGUCCCAUAAGUUUGCCACGUAAAAGUUUGGCCAAAAUUAUGAUUGUUUUAAUGGUUCUUGCAUCAUACUUAUUUGAUUUAUCAAAUCAUUUAGUAUUCUGUUUUUUUUUUAAUGAAAUUGCAUAUAAGUAGAGGUCAUUAUGCACUUUUAAAUGCAUUUCUAUGGAUAUGCAUUUUGUUACAAGAAAAUGGUAUAAUGCUUUUCCUAAGAAGCUUAAAUUUAGGUAUUUGCAGCACAAGUGGUAAUCAUUGGUCUCUUGUUACAUCUUGCUUAGUCGUCUUAGAUUAUUCCAUCACAAAUUUGACAUAUACUAUUUUUAUUUUUAUUCUUAUAUUUUGUUACUGAUUUUUAUCAGAAUUACUCAACUGUACAUAAUACUGAACUGAGAUUGAAAGAUAAAAAAGCUUCUUGGCCCUCUUAAGUCAAUUACAACCAGAAAAUUGCUAAUAACUUUGAUUUUAAGUAUUAAAUAUCCAAAAAUAAUAACAUAUUAGAUCUCCAGUAGGCAAUGUUUAAAAGAUAUUAGUUUCAAUUAUUUUAAAAGAAACUGAAAAUCUAUCAGAAAAUAGAAAUAGUCUGUCACUAAAUUAACAAAAUGAUUAAGAUCACUCGAAGAUGGGAAAAAACAAUUGUACAUCUUUAAUUACGAACAGCAGCCAGCAUCAUCUAAGUAAGUAAUGCAACUUCAUUACCAACUAAAGACUAUUUUUGUGGUGUUACAGUGACUAUAGCUAUAUAAAUUUUACUGUUACUUAAUAUGCCUAAAUUAGUGAAGUCAUGGACAACAUAGAGAAAUAACCAUUUCAUAGCAUAGGUUAUUCUUAACCAACUUUGCCUGUCCUUUUCUACACAAGGAAUAAUAUAUUCUAAAUCUCAGUGUCCUUUUUUCCAGUUUGUCUCUUAAAUUCUUGUAGCUCUAGAGGUCCUUGGCAACUCUCUCAAAGCCAGUCCUUCAAAUAUCUCAUGUUUAGAAUUAAUAUUUGUCCAUUAGAAAAUAAAGACAGAAGAUGGUAUCAAUACCUUAUGUGAAUUUAGUAAAAUCUACUAUUUUGCAAUCUAAUGAGUGACAAGCAGAGCUAAAAAGGUCUUAUCUGGCUGAUAUUGUAAGGUAUCAUAUAUUUAUUUUGAUUUUAGCUAGUGAGUAAGAAGGCACUGCUGUCAGCAAACCCCUCUGAUUAACAUCACAAUGCCAUUUGAAUUAUUAUGAUCCUGUUAGGUGGGCAUAUUUCUUGACUGCUGUGUUAUUGUUAUUGUUGACAGCAUAGUUUAAUUUAUUAUAGAUGUAAGAGAAUGUAUUUUGUACUGAAUAUGUACUUGUUGCAGAGUUUUUGCACUAUAUAUAAAUGUUGAAAUGAUUUUUAAUAAUCAGAUUGCCUGAUUUUAUUGUAUAUUUGUUAUCUGGAUUGUUUUUUGUUGAUUGACAAAGUUUUUAAAACUGAAGAUAUGAAUAAAGGCCAACAAAGCAUAAUUUAUUUUGAAAAAUUUCAUUUACAUCAAUAGAUAUGUUCGUACAUAUUGUGGCUAGGAUUUUUACUCUAAAUCUAGCAGUCAAGUAUUUUGACAAAUCAUCAGUAAUAAGGUUCCUUCAUUGUGAAGCGAGUUGUCUGAUCACCACCACUUUGCCUUCAUUUACAGUCUGUCCCUUGAAAUAUAUUGAAAAUUCUUAUGAUAAUCUCAAUCAUUUUCAUAUGUAAAUUACAAUCUUUUAUAAUCUAAAAAAAAAAAAAGAAAAUGACAUAUAGUAUGAUUUACAUGGUCAACAAAACUGACAACUGGACACAAAAUUCUUAUAGUAAGCAUUUAAAUUAUUCAGUGAAAGAAUGCUCCUGCACAAAAGAACCAGUGAACAGACAAUGUGACUUUGUGAUUUUUCAUCCAUGCUUCAAAGAUCUCUGUUUGUGUGUUUUUUUUUUUUUCGCAUGUACAGAACUGCAAAUAUCCUGCAGUAAUAAAAAUUAUUUAUGAUUUA